AUGGUUACUGCUAGAAUUGAUAGUUUUUCGGGUUCAUGGUACUCGGAUGAAGAGGAAGCUCUCUCCCAAGAAAUCACUCAGUACAUGGAGAAGGCAAAGCCUAUCAUUCAGAAUUAUGUGGGUAAGAAAGUAAAGGCUAUUAUUGCUCCUCAUGCAGGAUUUCGAUAUUCUGCUCCAACUGCUGCCCAUGGGUAUGGAUGUAUUCGGAAUGCCUCUAAUUUUGAUGCAAUCACCACAGUGUUUAUUUUGGGACCAUGCCAUCGAAUCUAUCUUGAUGAUCAAUGUGCCUUGUCCAGAUGUGACCAAUGUAACACACCACUUGGUGCUUUGAAAGUCAAUCAGAAAAUUCAAAAUGAAUUAUUGAAACAAUAUCCAAAUACUUUUAUUCAAUUCAAAGAUAAGAAAAACGAGGAGGACGAACACUCUCUUGAAUUGCAGUUCCCAUUCAUUUCUUAUUUAUUUAAGGGUCGCUUGAAUCAGAUUCAAAUUGUACCCAUCAUGGUUGGGAGCUUAUCAAAAGAGACGUUACAGCAAAUUGGAAAAGCAUUAUCGAGUUACUUUGACGAUGACUCUUCGCUCUUUGUCAUUUCGAGCGAUUUUUGUCACUGGGGAAAACGAUUUAGUUAUCAGUUCGUUGUAAACAGGGAUGUACCUCUUCACAAAUCUAUUGAACAAUUGGACAUGAUGGCUGUGGACCUUAUAACAAAGAGUUCAAAGCAACCUGAUGAGUUUUAUGCUUACAUGAAAAAGUAUAAGAACACAAUUUGUGGUAAACAUCCAAUAUUAAUCAUGCUCUAUGCCCUUCAAAAUAGUAAUAAUUGGAAAGAUGAUCACAACAUGUGCUUUUUGAAAUAUUCUCAGUCAAAUGCAGCCAAAUCUAUGGACGACAGCAGUGUGAGUUAUGUCUCGAUUGCUCUCAUGAAAUAG